AUGGAGGAAGAACGGCGAAUUCUGUUCGGGAAAUACGAGAUGGGAAGGCUUCUAGGCAAAGGAACCUUCGCGAAAGUCUAUUACGGCAAGGAGAUCGUCGGCGGCGAGAGCGAGAGCGUCGCCAUCAAAGUCAUCAACAAGGAUCAAGUAAUGAAGCGGCCAGGGAUGAUGGAUCAAAUCAAGCGCGAGAUUUCAAUCAUGAAGCUCGUUCGUCAUCCCAACAUCGUCGAAUUGAAAGAGGUCAUGGCUACAAAGACGAAGAUCUUCUUCGUCAUGGAGUUCGUUAGAGGCGGCGAGCUUUUCGCUAAGGUCGCUAAAGGUAAGCUCCACGAGGACGCCGCUCGUAAAUAUUUCCAGCAAUUGAUCUCCGCCGUCGAUUUCUGCCAUAGCAGAGGCGUUUCUCAUCGCGAUCUGAAACCGGAGAACCUCCUUCUCGACGAGAACGGGGAUCUGAAAAUCUCCGAUUUCGGAUUGUCGGCGUUGCCGGAGCAGAUUCUCCAGGACGGAUUGCUUCACACCCAGUGUGGAACGCCGGCUUACGUGGCGCCGGAGGUUCUCAGGAAGAAGGGAUACGACGGUGCGAAGGCGGAUAUCUGGUCGUGCGGCGUCGUUUUGUACGUGCUUCUCGCCGGAUGUUUGCCGUUUCAGGACGAGAAUCUGAUGAACAUGUACCGGAAGAUUUUCAGGGCGGAUUUUGAAUUCCCGCCGUGGUUUUCGCCUGAAUCGAGGAGGUUGGUUUCGAAGCUCCUCGUCGUCGAUCCCGAUCGGCGGAUCUCGAUGCCGGCCAUCAUGAGGACGCCGUGGCUCCGGAAAAACUUCACUCCGCCGUUAGCUUUCAAAAUUGACGAGCCGAUCUGUUCUCCGAGCAGCAACGAAGACGAGGCUCGCGAUUUGGAGGAAACUGAGCCGAUAUCGCCGAAAUUCUUCAACGCUUUCGAAUUCAUCUCGUCGAUGUCGUCCGGAUUCGAUCUGUCGAGCUUGUUCGAGAGCAAGAGGAAGGUGCAAUCGGUAUUCACGUCACGGUCUCCGGCGACGGUGAUAAUGGAGAAGAUCGAAACGGCUACGAAGGAGAUGAACAUGAAGGUGAAGACGACGAAGGAUUUCAAGGUGAAGAUGGAGGGGAAAACGGAAGGGAGAAAAGGACGGCUCUCGAUGACGGCGGAAGUGUUCGAAGUAGCGCCGGAGAUAUCGGUGGUGGAGUUUUGCAAAGCGGCGGGAGACACUCUGGAGUACAAUAGGUUGUACGAAGAAGAAGUCCGGCCGGCGUUGAACGACAUCGUUUGGUCAUGGCACGGCGACAAUACUGCGAUUAAUCAGAAGGCCGAUGAAAGCACCACUAGUUGA